CACAGAAAAUGCCUAACCUUCGACUCUGGUGAAAUGAAGCCAAUUCAGUCGCCAUUUAAUGGCCGCUGCCAUUUGGUUGGCAGUGAUUGGUCCAAGUCAGUCUGAGUCAUGUUCCUAGGGCAGCUACUGUCGCCAAUCAUGAGUGAGUUUGUUCAAAGUCCACACCCCUUCUGCAUAGAAGUCUGUGGGAUUUUGGCUUCUUGGAGACAGCAGGUACUUCCUGUUUGGAAUACCAAAGGGGAGGGGUCAAGCUGUCCAGUGAUAUAGACGCUUCCAACAUGGCAACGGAAAUAUUGCACUUAAAAAAAAAAAAAAAAGGCGAGUGAAUUGACUUGAUUUGGUUGGAACCGGAAGCUAAAUUUUCUAUGGAUGAUGCCACAUUCGCUCAGUCCAGUUCUCAUAUACAGUCAAUUGCUUCUCUACACAUGGAGGAUGGUAGGUUCCCCCUUUUAACAAUGGGCCAAUCAGAAGAGAGCUAUUUUAAUAACUGAGUAGAAGUGAUAGAAAACGUGAUGAUUGUAAAUAACUAGACAAUUUAGUGGCAGACGAAGAUUAAUAUUAGUUUUUAUUUUAUGGGUUUUUGAGAAAUAAUUGCCAAUCUAAACGUUGAAAUAUUACGAUAAUUUUGAGCUAAAAUGUAUUUCAGUUAGUUGAUUGAAUUUUUUUGUUUUGUUUUGUUUUACUUUUUGGCAUGCCGUAGUUAUUAAAAAUACAAAUUUUGUUAAACUUCUCCUCUAAUACAUUGAGGCUGUUGGGUGUUUGUGAAGGCAGAACGGCAGCUGUCGUGUCUCCAGUUUUCAGUCAAGCCUGGAUGCGUGCCAGUUUGUUUACUCUCCCUCUCUCGUCCGGAGGGGCGGGGUCCACAUGGUGCUACAUCAACAACACUAGCAUCUAGUUUGCGGAUGAAACGCUGUCGUUUACGCUGCCUCUGUAGUCUGCUCCUCUUCCACGCUGUUGGAGACAUAUUUACGCCUUUUUGUUCCGUUUUUUGCGAGUAAAUUGGGAGAAAGGAUACGAAGGCGGUGGGAUCGCGGGUGUCCGCUCAGUCUAACCAGCGGCUCCUUGGGGGGAUGUGAGCACUAGACGCUGGAUGACAACGAUAAAUGCAAUGGACCAGCAGAGGGCGCUGCAUUCCGGUUGCUUGGUCUCAGGGGUCCGGACGCCUCCCGUCCGGCGGAACAGCAAGCUGGCCAGCUUGGGCCGCAUCUUCAAGCCCUGGAAGUGGAGGAAAAAGAAAAACGAGAAGCUGAAGCCUACAGGCGCGGAGAAGAAAUCAGCUGUGCGCCAGAGGAGAGACGACCUCGACGCUCGGACCUCGGAUGAGACGGAAACAGGAUGCGAUCAGGCCUGUGGAGGUCAAAACGAAGAUCCCGACAGCCUGACUCACUCUGACAGCGAGGACAGAGACGAGGGACCGGUGGCGCCUUUAGCCAACGCCAACGAAGACCUCGGGAGUGACCUGGAAGCCUCUACAGUUCAGGAUGUGACUGAAGAUGUCAACUCAGCGGGCGAUCACAGCCAGAGUGGAGAAGGAGAGGAGGAAAGCAUCUCCGUUAGUGACCUCUGCGAUGACCAGUCCACGGCGAAGGCGGAGACCACCGAGGGGAAACGUGAGGAGGCGGCGGUGGCGCCCAAGCCGCAGAGACGAGCCAGCACCCCUCCUUUGCCAAACCUGCCAGUCAAACUGCUCACCCGACUGGGCAGCCUCGACGCCGCUCCUCCGGUUCUCGUGAAAAAGUCGCCGGCCACGUUACCCAGAAACUUCACUCUGCCCAAAGACACUCACGGCUCCCUGAUGAGAGGCAGGAUCUCCACCCCCACCGGGUCCCCCCACCUUGGGACGAUACACCAGCAGCUGCCCCCCAGCUGCAUCAUUGAGGAGCUGCACCGCGCACUGGCCUCCAAACACCGACAGGAAAGGUUUGUGAAAUCUGAUCUCAGUUUCCAAACAAAGGAGGCGCGCUCCUCGCCGAAGCGCAGGCUGGAAGGUCGUCUGUCCCGCACGUCCAGCACGGAAAAGGAGCCGACCGGCGAACCCGAGAGCAAAAAACAGUCCGACGAGAACAAAGAGAACCGGCGCCUGGACGAAUACUGGAGCGACCAGGACAGCUGGAAUGAGUCCGUGAUCUCCGGGACACUCCCGCGCCGGAUGAAGAAGGAGCUGCUGGCCGUGAAGCUGAGAAACCGACCUAGCAAGCAGGAGCUGGAGGACCGCAACAUCUUCCCCGUCCGCAGCGACCAGGAGCGACAAGAAAUCCGCCAGCAGAUCGAGAUGAAGCUGGCCAAGAGGCUGAGCCAGAGGCCCGCGGUGGAGGAGCUGGAGAGCCGCAACAUCCUCAAGCAGAGAAAUGAUCAGACUGAGCAGGAGGAGAGGAGAGAAAUCAAGCAGCGGCUGAACCGAAAGCUCAACCAGCGGCCGACGGUGGACGAGCUGCGGGAAAGAAAGAUCCUGAUCCGCUUCAGCGACUACGUGGAGGUGGCCAAAGCUCAGGACUACGACAGGCGUGCCGACAAACCCUGGACGAGACUGUCCGCCGCCGACAAGGCGGCCAUCAGGAAAGAGCUGAACGAGUUCAAAAGCAACGAGAUGGAAGUCCACUCUUCCAGCAAGCAUCUGACCAGGUUCCACCGACCUUAGCAAGGUUUCUUCUGUGAAGAGUUGCUAAAAUCUGUGGGCGGGGCCUCGGCCUGCCGGUCAGCGCUCGUCCUGACGUCUGCAAACCUUGGAGGCUAUGUCUCUGAAAAUGGACCUGGCUCUGGUCGGAGGAGCGGCCCCCGAUGGCGGCCGGGGUUCUGAUGGACACAGCAGAGACUCUUUUGUAAACCGCGUCUGCAGCGGACUUUCAUAUCAACACUGUACAUGUUUUUGUCUUUAUAAGCACUAUUUAUUGUCUGCACAAUACAGCUUUUCAAUUUGUAUCAAAACUUGAGUUGCAUUUUUUUUAAUAAUCCCUCGAUGAGGGGAUUUGGAGGUGGAUUUAUCUGUCGAAGGUCAGGAUGUGUACCUGUAAUCCUUUCAGACUCAGCCGCUGAUGAGCAGGUAACAAAUCCAGCCAGUCCUCUCAGAGGAAUGUUCUGCAGAAAUCGGGUUAAUCGGGCUGGAUUUAGGACAUUUGUUUGGCUCGUGAAACCAGCAGCAGACCCGUUCUGCUCCAGAACCAGCAGAGAAGCGUUGGCGGGGCCAAGGAUGCUCCUGCCGGCGUGAGGGGGUUAUCCUCGCCGCCGGGUGUUCUUCAGCAUAUGUUCAACUGCUCUCGUCAACACUUCCUGCGCCCAAAAUAGGCUUUGGAUUAAAACUAUGUGACAGACCGUGAGCUUUAUUUAUUUAUUUUUUUUAAAUGGGAUUCCAUCAUCACUCCCAUGAGCAACCUGAGGAGCAUCCAACUCCGCCCCUUCAGCCUGCUCACGUAACAAUCAACCACCACCCACAAAAAAAACAAAACAA